AUGACAUCAACACGCAAGAAUCCGAUACAAUUUGUCUCCCUCAUAUCACGUACUGAUAAACCACUAUACAUUCAAUCGUUCCUACCGGAAAUAGCUCCAGCCCCAAAAGAACUGACCACAGAUGAACCCACCGAAUCAGUACAAUCAACAUCUACAAUCAACAAGUUUCUCAAAUUCAAUUUCUUCAGUCACAUGGCACUAGACAUAUUUUCGUCACCAACAUCAUUAGCACUACGCGAGCAACAACAACAACAGCAAAACUCCGACGGCGUUUUGCUUUUGUUCAUUCAAGAUCAAGUGAUUGUAUAUGGAUAUGAGUCGAACAAUGGAUUAAAGAUUAUUGUGGGGAUGGAUCAAAGUGCCUCGGUUAAUAGAGAUAAUUUGCACAAGUUCAUUACUUCAGUUUAUAAGUUGUAUUUACGUGUUGUUUGUAAUCCAUUUAGAAAUUUUGGCACAAGUCGACAAGAUGAGCAAGAGAAUAGUAAUGAAGAGGAUGUAUUGAAUUCACCAAAGUUUGAUCAAGGAGUGAAAAAACUCGUUGAUGAGUUUGUAUAA